GGUCUUUUCCACAGGGAGCGCCCGGCACCCCUGUCCAGCCUGUUCGGCGGGAUGGCGGCGGGGCCGGGUUCUGCGCCCUAAGGAGCCGCCGGGUUCAAUCGGCGGAGCCGAGCGCGGCCCAGACCCGGCUCAGCCCCGCUCCGUCGCCGCUCCAGGGUUCUCCUCGCCUCCCCGCCCCAUCCCCCCCGGCCACCGCAGCAGGCAUGGGCUGUUUCUGCGCGGUCCCGGAGGAAUUUUACUGCGAAGUUUUGCUCCUGGACGAGUCCAAGCUGACCCUGACCACGCAGCAGCAGGGCAUCAAGAAGUCAACGAAAGGGUCGGUUGUCCUGGGCUACGUAUUUCGUCACUUAAACCUGGUGGAAAUAGAUUACUUUGGACUGCGCUACUGUGACCGAAGUCAUCAAACGUACUGGCUGGAUCCUGCAAAGACGCUUGCUGAACAUAAAGAAUUGAUAAACACUGGACCACCAUACACUCUGUAUUUUGGCAUUAAAUUUUAUGCAGAGGAUCCGUGUAAACUUAAAGAAGAAAUAACAAGGUAUCAGUUUUUCUUGCAAGUAAAGCAAGAUGUUUUACAGGGCCGUUUACCUUGUCCAAUCAACACUGCAGCACAGCUGGGAGCAUAUAUAAUUCAGUCUGAGCUGGGGGACUAUGACCCGUACAAGCACACCGCAGGCUAUGUCUCAGAGUACCGCUUUGUCCCAGACCAGAAGGAAGAGCUGGAGGAUGCCAUAGAGCAAAUACACAAAACUCUGAUGGGUCAAGUUCCUGCUGAGGCAGAAAUAAACUACUUAGGUGUGGCCAAAUCCCUGGAAAUGUAUGGAGUUGAUCUCCAUCCUGUUUAUGGUGAAAACAAAUCUGAAUACUUUUUAGGAUUAACACCCAUAGGAGUUGUUGUCUACAAGAAUAAAAAACAAGUAGGAAAAUAUUUCUGGCCUAGAAUUACAAAAGUUCACUUCAAGGAAACACAGUUUGAACUUAGAGUCCUGGGAAAAGAUUGCAAUGAAACUUCCUUCUUUUUUGAAGCACGUAACAAGGUCACCUGCAAACAUCUCUGGAAAUGCUGUGUAGAGCAUCAUACAUUUUUCAGAGUGCCAGAGAAUGAAUCAAACUCUCUGUCAAGAAAAGUCGGCAAGUUUGGAUCCAUAGGUUAUAAACAUCGGUACAGGUGUUUUCCCAUUACUUUUUUUGUGUUUUUAAGUGGCAAAACGUCUUUGCGAAUGACCAGAGACCCCUCAGUGCAGCUCCCGCGGCCUGACCAGAGCAUUGAAAGAAGUCGCAGCAAGACUUACCCCAAAAGAACACAACAAACAGGUUCUAAAAACAUGAGCCAGAUUUCAACAAAUGGGGAAAAUGAAGGAACCACCAAAAUUAUUGCACCUUCUCCAGUGAAAAGCUUUAAAAAGAUGAAAAAUGAAAACAGUCCAGAAACCCAAAGAAGUAAAUCAAGUGCUCCAUGGGAGGAAAAUGGUCCACAGAGUGGACUGUAUAAUUCCCCCAAUGACCGCAACAAAUCACCAAAGUUUCCUUACUCGCACCGAAGGAACCCAUCAGGUGGCAGCGAGAAUGAGUCUGGGCAACCAGUGCGGAGGAGGAAAAAUCAAAACAAUGGUGAAGAUUCAGACUUAAAGCAAAGGAGACGAUCUCGAUCUCGCUGUAACACCAGCAGUGGCAGCGAAUCAGAAAAUUCCAACAGGGAACAUCGGAAGAAGAGAAACAGAUUACGGCAAGAGAAUGACAUGGUUGACUCAGCUCCUCAAUGGGAAGCUGUGCUGCGGCGACAGAAGGGGAAAACCCAGGCAGAUCCAAACUACCGACGAUCUAGGCACAGAUCUCGAUCGAGAAGCCCAGAUGUACAAGCUAAAGAAGAACUGUGGAAACAUAUUCAGAAGGAGCUUGUGGAUCCAUCUGGCCUAUCUGAAGAGCAGUUGAAAGAAAUUCCAUACACUAAAGUAGAGACUCAAGGCGACCCGAUCCGCAUUAGGCAUUCACAUUCCCCUCGAAGCUACCGUCAGUAUCGGCGGUCCCAGUGCUCUGAUGGUGAAAGAUCUGUCCUGUCUGAAGUGAACGUUAAAACUGAUCUGGUCCCUCCACUGCCUGUUACACGAUCUUCAGAUGUGAAAGGUCCCAGCAUCCAGUUGACUCAACAGAGACUGAAUGGAUCUAAAGACAGUCUAAUAGAAGAAACAUCUCAGCCAUCCCCUAAUAAUGUUGAUGGAAAGCCCACCACCAAGAUCAUAAAAACUGUACAGGUGUCACGCUUCAAGGUGGAGACUUGACUGGUGAAUUGAAGAUGGUGCAUGGAUUUUAGUGUUUGAAGCUGAGAAUUUGUUUAUGUGUGCAAGGGAAGGAACUGACAUCGACAUGGUAGUAAUUUCUUCAGGACACCUGGAAGUGCAACCUGCUUGCUGGGAAGACCAAGCAAUGCUUUUAUCACUGACUGGAUAUCACAUUCUAGUGAUGUGACUGAUUGAGGAGAAGCUGCCUGGUAGACAACCAAAAAGAAAAGUCCUAGUAAAACUGAAUGAUCAGCAGUUACAUUUCCAAAAAAUAAACAAAAAAAAAAAAAGAAAAGAAAAAAAUAAUUGCUGCAACAAAACAGGCUUCAUGGUCUGCUCUGUAAGUGAAUAGCCUUGUUCCAAAAAGUGACUGUUAAUUGACAUGAUCAGGACCAGAUUCUUCAAGAUAAGUAAAACAGUCAUAUUUUUGGUCGAUUGUGCAAUACAGUGUGAUAUGGGGAGAAUUAUCUUCAUGAUUUCAUAUGGGGAUCAACUUAUGUCCUGAGACAUAAGGACUGAUAGCUUUUACAAGGUUUGUUUUAGCCUAGCACAAUAACAGAUGUUGUAUUUUUAUUACAAAUUUUGAAUCAAAAAUAACAGACUCAGUAACGCUCUGCAGCAGUGAGUUCCAUAGAUGAUACAGAUUUACUUUCUCUUGGCAGUUUUAAGUGUUCUAAAUUUUGAAUGUCCUUUUAUGUAGAGGGACUGUUUAAUUGAACAUUCCAUAGUGUAGAAAUACAUUUACCAACUUAUAGUAAAGCACACUGGAAACAAACUGGAGAAUAUGUACUGACCCACUGUAUCAAGAACUGCUUAGCAAGGCACUUAAGUGCUGGUUAAAUGAAACUUGUGGAGUAGUAUUUAAGACAGCUAGGAAAUAGCCUUUUUAAAUUUUAGUUUUUAACUAGAUUAGUAAAAUCUGCCUUAAUCUCCUAUCAUAGAAAAUAAUCUGUCACUUUUCUCUGAGCCAUUUCUACUACGUUAAAAUGUCAAAGGCAGUAUUUCAGGUUUGAUUACUACAAUUGUUUUUUUCUGUUGUCAUGGUAGGAAUACUAAGUUUCAAUGAUGCUGCACAUUGAGUGGGUUAUCUGCCAGUAUGUAUCUGAAGUGAUACCUGGCUCUUCUCUUGUCCUAUCACUCUGUACAAAUAUCUGAAAGUCAUUCCUCUGCCUCCCAUUUGUCCACAGUCAGCACAUGUAUAAAGCCUUCUGGUGCUGCGAACUUCUAAGCAGCUUAGCAAAGUCUUUGUUUUUUUGUAAUUUUUGCUAAGUGUAAUCCUCAAACUAAAUACUGAAUUUGUCAAACAGCAUUGUAAAUGGGUUUAGUAGCUUGUGCCUUUCUACAUCUAUCCUCCUUACACUCAACUCCCAUGACCUACAGUGAUUUACAGUGAUCCUGUGUUUUGUAACCUGAG